CGUCCAACAUCAUCUCGAUCUUUUAAUUCUAGCCAAAGAAGCCACUCUCUAACUCAACACUGCUAAUAUCCCCCACCACACCAUUACCCCGCGCAACUGAACUGUCUGUUCAUCGUCGUCACAGAACCUCGGUCUCCGAGCUCUUACUCCAUCAUGUCGCUAACCGCAUUUCCUCGAUUUCUAGAGCUCGACCCUGAGCUACGGAACAGAAUCUGGGAGUUUGCUAUCACGUCCUAUAUCCAGGAUGUCGCGGAUCGACUCCCGCCUUCGUUUAAUAGGCCUUGGGCCGAACGGCGGCGACAGGCAAUCGUUGGUUACUCACUAGGAAAAGACAGACUAGCUUUGUCUGUCCGCAUCCGGGACCCCUUUAACGGACUAAAACUAGAUUUCGAGAAGGACGAAUUCGAAUCCCUUGUCGACUGCUUUCCUAUCUCCUCUGUCUGCUACGAGACGCGUAUAAAUGUCGCUAAGUUCUGCCGGCUACUAGUGCCACAUGUGCGAUUCAAUUACGAUACACACACUCUGCUAUGUGCUAUGCCGCGAGUCGAGUACGAUACAAGCACUCUGUGGUCACUUGAACCGCCUCCUCCAAGCAGUUCACACUGGCUACCUGGCUUCGGGAACUUUAAGCGUGUAUUUACUCGGCCGACAACAUUGACUGUUAAUGCCGACCAGUUUAGAUCAGCAGAGCACCUUGUCGGAACAGUACUUUGGCUCUUUGGCAACAGGAUUCAGCGCCUAGUCAUAAACCUAUAUCAGGAAUCUGUAAAGCGUGCAUACUGGUCUGAUCCUGGUGUAGCGCCUAUAACGAGGCUAUUUUCAAUCACAAUCACGAUCCUAAAGCAGACCCUGCUAUUAUCUACGUGACGAGAGAUAAACUAGACGUAUCAGAGAGCUUCUGGCAGAAUAUACAGAACAGUGAGGCUACUCUAAAUCACGACCCCGAAGGAGACCCCGCUAUUAUCUACGUGACGAGGGAUCAGAAAUUACAUGUGUCAGCGAGCUUCUGGCAGAAUGAAGCACAAUCCGUAACGGAUAUGACUACACAUCUCCUGAAGAUGUAUGAAGUUUUUGAUGCCUCUAGGGAAAGAUUGCCGCUCCUUAAGCACAUUGAGGUGAAUAGAACAGUCGGGGGGACUCGGACUAGACUUACGACAAAUUGGAAGCGGGACUAUAUAGUUAGGUAAGGUAGUGUUGGAAACCCAACGGUUAAACGCAAUAAGUUGAUUUCCUAAUCCGGUAAUACUGUGUUACCGGCGGUUUAUGAGUUAGAUUCCAAGUUUGCUUAAGACUUUAAUACAGAGUUUUUAUAAAGCCACUUUACUGCCUACCUACCUUACUACCUAUAAGUAAUAGAGCU